AUGGCAGAGAUUUUAUUAGCCGAUCAAUGUUUCUUUUUUUUUCAAAAUGGCGCCCUGCAUUUGAGUUUUAUUCGCUUCUCUGACUGUUUCUGUAGAUAUAUUUUUGCUUCACUUUUUUAUUUCUCUUUCCAACUCUCUUUCACCGCUCCUCCCUCUCUCCCUCUCCCCCUCUCUCUCUCUCUCUCUCUCUCUCUUACACCGUCCCUCUGUUUCUCCCUAUCUAUUUACUUCCCUCUUUAUAUAUUUCUCUAUUUCUCUUUCCUUUUCUUUCCCACAUUUUCUGCUUCUCUCUUCACCACUCUCUCUCUCACUUCGACCUCUCUUAGUAUCUCUUUCGCUCUCUCCAUAACACUCUCUUUCCACCUAACGCCCUCUCUCUCCCCUUCCCGUUACUCUCUCACACACACGCUUUUACUCGCUCCUAUCACAUUACCUCUCUUUUUUCUCUCACUCUAUCAUACUACCUUUCUCUCUCUCCUUCUCUAUCUCCAUACGUCACUAAUUCUGCUUCCCUUCAUCUCUCUCUUUCUCCUUGUCUCUCUUACUUCACUCUCUCACUCCCAUCUCACUCUAUUCCUUCUUCUCACCCUUCCUCUCUCGGUCUCUUGCUCUUCCCUCUCCUCUCACUCUUUCUAUCUAUCUAUCUAUCUAUCUAUCUAUCUAUCUAUCUCUUAUAUGGUCUUUCAACCUCUCCCUAUCCCUUUAUUACCUUUUCUCUGUAUUUCUCUCUCUCUCUCUCUCUCUCUCACUUCGACCUCUCUCUCUCUCUCUCUUUGCUGCUUUCCUUUCCUGUUUCUUUCUUCCCCACUCUUUCUUUGGCUUCCUUAUUAUCUCUCUAAUUCUCUCUUUCCCUCUAACUCCCUUUCUCACUUCCUCCCGUUACCCUCUCUCACACAUAUUUUCACGUUCCUUAUCCUCCUGUCACCAUCUCUCUCUCUCUCUCUCUCACUCACUUCUCGCUCUCUUUCACUCUAUUCUUCUCCCCUUCACUCACUGCCUCUCAAUCCUUUCAUCAAUCUCACGCUGUCACUCUACCUUUCACUCACUCUCUCAUUCUCUCUACGUCACUCACUGUCUCUCUUCCACUCUCUCUUUCUGUCUGUCACUCUCUCUCUCUCUCUCAAAUUUUCUCCUCGUCUCUCUUCCUCCGUCACUCUCUCUCUCAUCUCCUUCUUCUCACCCUUUUCUUUCCCUCUCUCUCUCUCUCUCUCUCUCUCUCUCUCUCUCUCUCUCUCUCUCUCUUCCCACCCUUUCGGCUACAUUCCCAACUACCCAGCCUCUUCUUUCUGUAAUUUCCGCUUUAAUACAUCCACACUUCCGACUGCCGUUUAUUCUCGCUUUCCUUUCCUGUUUCUCUCUUCCCAACUCUUUCUUUCGCUUCCUUACUAUCUCUCUCACUCUCUCUUUCCCUCUCUUCCUCUCUCACUACCUUCCGUUAGCCUCUCUCACACACAUUUUUCCCGUUCCUUAUCCUUCUCUCACCAUCUCUCUCUCUCUCUCUCUCUCUCUCUCUCUCUCACUCACUCACUCACUCACUUCUCUCCCCUCUCGUAA